ACGCUAUUGCUCUGCCGGUGGAUGCAACCAUUUCUUUCUAACGCAUCCAAAGUCACUGGAUAAUUCAAGAGCUGGCUAGCGGAAUUUCUAAAGGGGCGCGGAAGGCGCUUCUUUCCUUUCGUAGGCGACACCGAGCCAAAACAGCGACGAACGGGAUCCUUCGCCCUGCAGGCAUCCUCCCGGCCAAGAGACGAGCACGAGCGCGGCCAGGAACUUCAAAGCCCGGGCAGCGAAGGCGCGCGAGCCCGCCUCGCGUUUUCCUUUGUGUCCCAGGCGGGCGCAGGCUGACCACCGCCGGCUGCUGAGCUCUCCUUGCCCCUCCCGCUCCGACCCAGCCCGCCCUGGCUCCCCUCCCGCCCACCGGCUUCCCCUGGCGGAGGGAGAGCGUGUUCGCCUCUGGGCCGGCAAGAUGGCGGCAUCCGCCGGGUCUGGCCCCGACUCGCUCGGGGCUCCGGGGGAGCCCGCCGCGGGGGCGGGUGGGGAACUCCCCGCUCUGUCCACGGAGGAGAUCGCCCGGAGACUGCAGAGCACAAGGCGGGAGUUGAGCAACAGGCGCAAGAUUCUGCUGAGGAACCUGCCCGCCGAAAGCAGCAGCCAGGAAAUCCAUGAGUUAUUAAAACACUUUGAACUGAAGUAUUGUUAUGUGGACAAACAUAAAAGAACAGCUUUUGUUACUCUGCUGAAUGGGGAGCAAGCUCAGAGUGCAAUACGGCUAUUUCACCAACACUCCCUUCGAGGAAAAGAAAUAUCACUGCAGCUUCAGCCAACCGAUGCCCUGCUCUGCAUUACCAAUUUGCCCCCUUUCUAUACGUUGCAAGAGUUUGAAGAGCUAGUGCGACCUUAUGGGAAUGUUGAGAGGCACUUCUUGGUGUACAGUGAAGUCACAGGCCAUUCCAAGGGCUAUGGCUUUGUGGAAUACAUGAAAAAGGAUUCUGCAGCCAAGGCUAGGUUGGAUCUUCUUGGGAAGCCGUUGGGUGGAAAUGUUCUUUUUGCACAGUGGAUGGACGCUAAUCAGAUAACUCCAGAACUCAUACAUUCAAAGUGCCUUUGUGUGGAAAAUCUUCCUAUAGACUAUACUGGUGAUGAUCUCUUGCAAAAUUUCUCAGCAAAUUAUAAACCUGUGUUCUACCAACUUGCUCAGGAUGAAGACAGCUCUGUUGGUGGCUUUGCAGUAAUUGAGUAUGAGACAGCAGAACAAACAGAGGAAGUGCAGCAAAGCACAGAUGGUUUGACUAUCAACGAAAAAAGAGUCCACGUGUCUUAUUGUGCUCCUGGAGUUCCGGGCCUCAGCACUCUUGCUACACUUAUAGCAGCACAACGAAUGAUGAAAAACAAUCGAAAAGGGUUACUUCCAGAACCAAAUGCUGUGCAAAUCAUGAAAAGCUUAAAUACUCCAGCCAUGUUGCAGAUGUUGUUACGGCAUCAGAUGCAUGGAUACGUCCUAGGUGCUCCCAUGAAUGUGUCUCACCUUGCAAAUCCAUCAAUCGGUCCAGCCUUUUUGCAUUUGAAUAAAAUUCAUCAGGGUCCUGUUUUUGGAAAUGCAUCAAAUUUGCUGCUACAAAAUUUAUCACCUCUACAUAUGGCACCACUAUCAAAGAUUGAGAACAUGCAACCUAAUAGUAAACCAAGUUUGCUUGGAGAGCCGCCAACUAUGUUGCUUCAAACAAUGUUAGGAAUGGGGCCUUUACCACAAACGGCCACAGACAUAGGGAGUCAAGGAGAACCAUUAUCUCAUCAGAGUACAGCUCCAAUGGCGACGGCAGCAGGGAUUGGCUUACUGCCAUUCUUCCCAAACCAGCAUGUAACUGGGCAAGCAGUGCCAAGGCAAAAUAACACCCAAGAGAAGUUGCUAUCUUCACUGGAACUGACAGAGGGCACCGGCUCCACGUCUGAAACAUAUCUACAGAGCUUAACAAAUGUUGCUGCAGGAGGUCUACAGGGAGGACACCUCAGCCAGCAGAACCAGCCAAAGAAUGCUGAUUCAAGCAUUGGUAGUUGUUCCAAAAAUCAAACCUCUCUACUUGGAGAACCUCCUAAGGAAAUACACCUCAGCACAAAUCCCUACUUGAACUUGGCAAGUGUUCUGCCUUCUGUGUGUCUUUCAGGAGCAGUCCCCAACAAAGCUAAUAAUACUAAGUCACAAUCUGUAGUUGCAAGUAACUCAACCAACAGUGUAAAUGCUCAGGGAAACACACCACAGCAUGCACUGGAAAACUCUUUUAACUACUCACGACAAUACAGUGAUUAUACACAGGAUUCAGUCCAGCAGUGGUAUCAGCAGUAUGCUCAGGCGUACCAUAGCAUUCAAACUAAAGUAGGAGACUUAGAAAACAGUGGCUCAGAUGAACCCAGUGGAGGAGUUUAUGGUGAUUAUGGUACCUAUUUACAGGUUAUGCCUUCAUAUUAUGCUGCAGCCCAAGGAUUCUUUCAUCCAAGCGCCUUGCCAUUUACACCUCAAAAUCCCCUGAAGAUGACUCCAGUAAAAAAUGAAAAGCGGAGCUCUUCAUACCUCAUCACAAAUCCAGAAGACAAUCCAGUGGAGUAUGUUGGCCCACACCCUCAGGGCUCUGGAGUGCAUUACACAAAAUUGUACCUUAAAAGAAAACGUGUCUAUUAAGAUUUCUAUCUAAUUGAAAUCAAAGUCACUUCUUGUAUCAUUCUUUCUACUGUUACCUUUUAAUAUAUAUUGUAGAUAACAUGUGCAAUAAUAUUGCAAAAAUUAGUUUUGAUAAGGAAAAAUGGUAUGGGAAAGAGGCUCUUGUCUUCCAGAUUUAAUUUUUUGUUGUUUGGGUUUAAACAUGUUUUAAAAUGUGUUUUAAAAGGACAGCAAUAUUAUGGUGUGAGAGCUACUCUCAAAGUAAUGAAAUAAUAGAACUUUCCUACAGUCUUGCUGAGAAACUGCAUUGAUACCCUUAAAAAGCAAUAAUGCUGAUCAGUGAUGUUAAAAGAAAUAUCUUUGAUGACUUAAGGUCCGUGAUUGAAGAAGAUUCUGUUUCACAAUAAUAACGAUACACUAUUAUUGAGAUGAUUGAGUUUAGAUUUACAACUUUCAAAUGUAAAUAUCAUACAACUCUCCUAGCAGUAAGUUAAAAAAAAUGUCAAGAUACACUUGUACUGAAAAUAAUAUUGUUGAAAUAUAAAGUAUGUAUGACAAAGUUUCUGUGGAAAUGAAGGACUGAUAUUAGAUUUACAUCUGUAGAUGUUGGCCUUUAAGGUUAUAUGUCCUAAAUCUAGACAAUAUUUAAACACAUGUUCAAAUUUAGCGUGUAUGAAUAUUUAAUAUCCAGUUGGAGCUGAAUUUAUAUUAGUCACUUGCAUUUAAUUAAAUGAAUAUGCUUUCCAGAUUGUUCUUGCAGACACCUGAUUUAUCUCACUUCCAACUUGGAAACUCUUUUUUGUCACUUUUUUGAUCAUUUGUGGGGACGCUCCCCAGAGGUAAUACUUUGUACAUACAUGAAAUGCUUCUGUUGAUAUGCUUUCUAACUAGUCUACUUUUCUUGUGAGUAAAAAUGUGCUUGAAACAGG